UUACAUUCGGCCCACAGCUUAGAACCCUUUGAAUUUGGUCCCAGACUCCCAAGCUAACCAUCAUCGCAGAUUUCGUUCUUUGUUCGGCACUUUGUGUUUGUUUCUCCAAGUUUCUCGGCAACCACGGAGAUCUUCAGCUUCUUGUUUCAACUAUAUGCGUUUGCGUUGAGAAUUUAAUAAUCGUACUGGUUGAUUUCUUUUAGGUGCCCCUGAAUUUUUAAUAAUCUUUAGUUUUAUCGGGGAAUUUUACACUUCGUCGAGAAUUUUAUGAAGAAGUCUAGUUAAUUGAGUUGCUUUAGGUAGUUAUUCGUCAACGCUCAUAAUUUAGGUUCGGUUAAUCUCAAAAUUCAAGGUUGGUUUGACGGGGUUUGUUGAAUGGAUAUCUCUGAGAGGAUGGGUGUAAUGCGGUGCUCUUGUUCCCAAUUCCGGGUGGGACUUUAGUGAUCUAAAAUUAAAUUUCCAAGAUUUUGGUUCUGGUCUAGUAGAAAUGAGUGUGGUGGGAUUUGAUAUUGGAAAUGAGAACUGUGUUAUUGCAGUUGCGAAGCAACGUGGGAUUGAUGUUGUGCUGAACGAUGAAUCAAAGCGUGAAACACCAGCAGUGGUGUCAUUUGGCGUGAAGCAGCGGUUCAUGGGUUUGGCUGGAGCCGCUUGUGCGACAAUGAACCCCAAAUCAACUAUUUCUCAAGUGAAGAGGUUAAUUGGUAGGAAAUUUAAGGAACCGGAUGUUCAGAACGACCUUAAGUUGUUUCCUUUUGAAUCUUUAGAAGGUCCAGAUGGGGGCAUCUUAAUUAGUUUGGAAUAUUUGGGCGAGAUACAAAAGUUCACUCCGGAACAUAUUCUGGGAAUGCUGUUUUCUCAUUUGAAGCGCAUAACUGAGAAGAAUCUUGAAAUGCCCAUUUCGAACUGUGUGAUUGGGAUUCCCUCUUACUUCACGGAUUUGCAGAGACGUGCUUUUUUGGAUGCCGCCGCAAUUGCUGGACUGAAACCGCUGAGAUUGAUGCAUGACUGUACUGCUACAGCACUUGGUUAUGGUAUUUACAAGACUGAUUUCUCUGAUGCGGGCCCAACUUACGUUGUGUUUGUGGACAUUGGUCAUUGUGACACACAGGUUUGUAUUGCAUCAUUUGAGAGUGGACAAAUGAGGAUAAUUUCCCAUGCUUUUGACAAGAACUUGGGAGGCAGAGAUUUUGAUGAGGUUCUGUUCAGUUAUUUUGCUGCACAGUUCAAGGAGCAGUAUGAUAUCAAUGUCUAUUCAAAUGCCAAAGCAUCUAUUAGGCUGAGGGCGUCUUGUGAAAAACUAAAGAAGGUGCUGAGUGCGAAUGCAGAGGCACCAUUAAAUAUAGAGUGCUUGAUGGAUGAGAAAGAUGUUAUGGGUUUUAUUAGAAGGGAGGAUUUUGAGAAAUUGUCAUUAGACUUGCAAGAGAGAAUUAGCGUCCCUUGUCGUAAGGCUUUGGCUGACUCUGGUUUGACUGUGGAGAAACUCCACUCAGUAGAGCUUGUUGGCUCAGGAUCUCGGAUACCAGCUAUUAGUAGAAGGUUAACUUCUCUAUUCAAGAGAGAACCAAGCCGGACAGUGAAUGCGAGUGAGUGUGUGGCACGUGGUUGUGCUCUUCAGUGCGCAAUGCUUAGCCCGAUAUUCCAUGUAAGAGAAUACGAGGUUCAAGACGCAUUUCCUUUCUCCAUAGGAUUCUCAUCAGAUAAAGGUCCAGUUUGCACACUUUCAAAUGGCGCACUUUUGCAAAAACACCAUCCAUUUCCAAGUGUGAAGAUUUUUAGUUUGCGUAGAACUCAUAUUUUCCAUAUGGAAGCCUACUAUGCUGAUCUAAGCGAAUUACCUACUGGGGUAUCAUCUAAAAUAAGCAGUUUUAAGGUUGGCCCUUUCCAAGCUUCUCACAUGGAAGCAACAAAAGUUAAAGUUAGACUGCAGCUAAACAUUCAUGGAAUUGUUACUGUAGUAUCAGCCUCACAGCUAUUGGAGGAUGAUAUUGUUGAUCCCCAUGCAAGGAGUGAUGCUCACUUGACUUCAGAUAAGAUGGAGGCAGAAUCCAAUCGUGGGUCUGCUUCUGUCCCAAAUAGUGCCGAAGAUGGUAACCUUAAACAUUUGAAACCUUCAUCCAUGUCUGCUGAUGAUGGGAUGAGGAAAAGCAAGGUUGUCAAAAGGCUUGAUAUUCCUGUUAGUGAGCAUGUCUAUGGUAGAAUGGCAGAUGCUGAGCUCUUGGAAGCUCAAAAGAAAGAACUUCAGCUGCUGCAACAAGACUUAAAGAUGGAGCAUACCAAAGAUAAGAAAAAUGCGUUGGAGUCUUAUGUCUAUGAGAUGCGCGAUAAGAUAUUAUAUAAAUAUCUAGGAUUCUACACCGAGUUAGAGAGGGAAAGGAUCUCCAGUAAUCUUGAACAGAUAGAAGAGUGGCUUUAUGAAGAUGGAGCUGAUGAAUCUGUAGAUGUUUAUACUGAAAAACUGGAGUACCUUGCAAAGCUGCUUGAUCCCAUUGAGAACCGAUAUAAGGAGGAAGAGGCACGGGCCCAAGCUAGUAAGGGUCUAUUAGAUUGUAUCACAGAAUACCGGAUGCUUGUACUUCCAGCUGGGGAGAGAGAUGUGAUCAUUGGUGAAUGCAAUAAAGCAGAGCAAUGGCUACAUGAGAAGAUCCAACUGCAGAAUUCUUUGCCUAAAAAUGCUGAUCCGAUAUUAUGGUCAAACGAAAUCAAGAGAAAGGCAGAGGCUCUCGACAUGACAUGGAAACAUAUAAUGAGAUCCCUUGCUUCUCCCCCAAGUUCAAAGGAUGCAGAUGACUUAGAUCAGAGGGACGAAUCUGAUGGCAUUAGCAUGCAAGUAGAUUGAUGUGGAUUUACCCAACUUUUCACACUGAUUCAUCUUGAUCAUGUGCAAGAGUCUGAUAGCCGCAACACAUAAACAACUUGAUCAUGUGCAGUUGCGUUUGUUCUCUUGCGCAGGACAAGGUCAUCACUGAUUAUAGUUACUUUUUGGCUUUUUAUUUAUUUUUUGGUAAUAGACUUUGUGUAGUUAUAUACCAUUCAAUGUGGAGGAUAAUAAAGAAAAUUACACUUAACCAUAUUGUAUCCAUGUUGUUCACUGACUAUUAUAUGGGAAACGAUCAGGAGAAUUCCUCAGA